GGUUCAGUAUAAACUGACCAUGGAUGAGGGUGAACAAACAGUACUGGUCCACUGCUUCUUUCUUCUCGUUUUUCCUGGCAGUGAGAGAUGAUGAGAGUGGAAGGCACCAAAUAGAGGGACCGCAGGGACGCUGACAAUCUGCACAGACAGGCUGUGAUAAUGGAGAAAGCUGCACUGCUGCUGUUUUGUUGCCUGGUCAUGUCUUUAUCAGGCUCCCCGCUGUACCCAACCAUUAGGUUUGGUCAGAGGGAUAUGUCCAUCCUGAUGACAUCCUCUAUAAAGAAUCCAGCAGAGCAGCUGGAGGAAAACACACAUCCUUCUAGGGAGCGAGCAGAGUUGCGCUCAGGACGCCACGCCGAUGCCAUCUUUACAAACAGUUACAGGAAGGUCCUGGGGCAAAUCUCUGCCAGGAAGUUCCUUCAGACAAUCAUGGGCAAACGGCUGGGAGAGGAAAGUGGCAGCUACAUGAAGCGUCAGUCGGAUAUCUAUGAAGGAACCUAUAAGGAGGAUCUGACAUCCAUCCAGAGCGAUCAGAGAUACAGAGAGGUGCAGGGGGGCAUCCUGAGGCCCAGAUUGCUGAGUUGAGGAGAAAACAAAAGGCUGCCAGAUCGCCUUUCAUAAUCAUCACAGCUUUUUGUUUAAUUUCCUCCAAAGUGUUCUUUACAAAUGAUGAUGAUGAUGUCUUUUGUUCACAUUAAAAGUUGUGAAGAAAACCUGCA